AUAUCUUGAUUUAUCGAUUGUUUUUCAUUAAAGGUCAACAAUCACAAUUAUCGAAAAUCAAACUUUUAAAAUAAAAUUUGAACAAUCUGGAAGGUUCGAAUUUUUGAAUUAUUUAUAACCUAGUAAUUUAGAUUCCAAUUCUCUAAACAACUCCUAAGAAGUAAUCAUUAGUAUACGGUAUAUGGGAGAAGAUUGGGUGCUAACCUCAUAGAGGGUUAGCACCAUGCUAACAAAGGACAAAUUAGAGAAACAAUAAAAAUUUAAAAUAGGAAAGUUAAUGCUAUUUUUUAGGAAAAUAAAAACAUAGCUUAAUUCCAUCUAUUACAUCUCUCCCCAUUUUCCUCAAUCACGUCUCUCUCUCUCUCUCUUAUGGAAAACGACCGGCUCUAAGAAUAUUAUUAGCUCUACAAUUAGCUACACAUGGGCAUUUGCCACUAUCAUCUUAUGAUUCACUGAAAACACUACUACCUCUGUAAACCGUUACUAGAUUCAUGAAAAUGUGGUUUUUGUACUAAGAUCAUUAAACAUUACUACCUCUGAAAAUAUUACUAAAUGUUGGUACUGGUCUUGCGUCCAAAGUCAUUAUUCUUUUGUUUCAAGAUUUGUAGUGGUUUAUUAGUAGAAUUAAGGCAUGUAGUAUUGAUUUUGUGAUUUACUAGCAGUGAUUUUGAUAAUUAAUUAGCAGAACCAGACAAAUUAUUACUGUCAAAAGUCACAAAUCACAACUAAUACAUAACGAGAACCACUACGGCGACUUUUUGCAACAUAAUCACUACAUAAGAAUCACUACUAAUGUUCAAUAAAUAAAAAUCACUACUAAUGCUAGAUAUGAAAAACACUACAAGCUUCUGUAAAAAUUGGAGAAGACUAUCAAAAUAAUGCCCAAAAAUUAUAAACCACAAAAACCAUAUAUCUAAAGAACACUAUUACAACGUUCAAAAGCCUACUACUCACAGAAUCACUACAAAUGAUUAUUGAUAUGAAAAACACUACUAGGUCCUGCAAAAAUUAGAGAACAAUACAAAGAAAAUGCCCAAACAAUAAAAAAGUACCACUAUAGACCUGUAGAACCCAACUAUUGCGUAUAAUAAUAAAGAACACCGUAUAAAUAUUUCAAUCAAAAAUAUUGCAAAACACUACUACAAUAGAGUGAAAAAAUACUACUAAAUCUGAUGAAACACUACUAGCCUUUGAAAAUCACUACUACUCUAAAACUGACUAAAUAGUAAUUAAACAAGACAUAUACCAGAUCUGAAAUUUCAAACACACUUAAAUGCCUCCAAUACGGAACGUUAAUCCACCUAUAGUCCAAACGACGUAGGCGAGGCGGAUGCAAACGACAUAGGGGAGGCAGAUUUAAGCGACGACGAUGCCGGUGAGGGCGGCGAAGGCAAGGACGACGCAGAUGACAUCAGCGGUGACAAAGGCGGCGCAUGCAACAUCAAUUCAUCGGAUGGCGACGAAGGCGAUGUUGUUGCAGACGACGGCGGCGCGUGAGAGGGAGGCGCUGAGGACGGCUACGGUGAUGAGAAGGCAGACAUCGCGAGGGCCGAGGGUAGAGAACAAAGAAAUGGGUUCCGGAUCGUGAGACCGUGAAAGAGAGAGAGAGAGAGAGACGAUGAAGAAAAGGAAAUUAGCUAAAAAUGUGGAGCAGUUAUUGGCUUCAUCACCUAAAUAUUCAUCUACGUUUGUUUCAACUUUCAAGGGAGCAAUCACGUGUGGUUACCCAAAAUACCCCUCCACCAAAACCACUCUUAGUUUGACGGAAAUAUAAAUUAGGCAAAAUACACUUGUAUAGCCAAAACUUUCGUGUUUGUGACAAUAAUAGCCAAUUUUGGAGAAAUACCACUUAUAGCCAUAAUUUUGAAAGUUUCAUGACAAAUAUAGCCAUUUCCGUUAC